GAGCCUUAGUGCUGGCCAGACAGAAGAAGUCAUGAGGCUUGGGGAGUGACAGUGCCUAGAGAGAGCCUGUACCUCUUCUGGUUCAGAGAUGCUGCUGCUGCUGCUGCUGCUGUCAUCCUUGAGGGGGUCCCAAUCCCAAAAAGAAGGAUACAAAUUGGAGGUGUCAUUGUCAGAGACAGUUCAGGAAGGGCUCUGCAUCUAUAUCCCCUGCACCUUCUUCUACCCUGAUUCCUGGAUCAGGACUCGUUCUACCAUGAUUUAUGGCUACUGGUUUAGGAAAGGUUCCUACUUUCUUGAAGAUGUCCUUGUGGCCACAAAUGACCAAAACAAAAAGGUGGAAAAGGAGGAUGUGGGAAGAUUCCACCUAGUCGGGGACCCUAUGGAGGAUAACUGCUCCCUAAGAAUCACAGAUGUCCAGAAAAAGGAUGAAGGACGAUACUUCUUCCGCAUGGAGAGUUGGAUAGAAAAAUUCAGCUACCUAUAUUAUCAGGUCACUCUGAAUGUGAGAGCUCUGACACAGAAGCCAGACAUCUUUAUUCCAGGGAUCCUGGAGCCUGGGCACUCUGUGACACUGAUGUGUGCAGCCCCCUGGGUCUGUCGAGAGGGUACACCCCCCACCUUCUCCUGGACAGGGGCUGCUCUCUCCAACCGGGGACCUAGUCGAGAGACUCCGUAUUUCUCUGAGCUGACCUUCAUCCCGACAUCCCAGGACCAUGGCAUCAGAGUCACCUGUCGGAUGACCUUCCCUGGGGCUGGAGUGAGCACAGAGACAACCGUCCCUCUCAACGUGGCCUAUCCUUUAAGGAACUUUGGAAUCAGCGUUGAUCGGGAAAACGGAGGAGGCGUGGAGUCCUCGUUAAACUUUUCUAUCCUGAAGGAUGAGUCCUUGCGAUUGCUCUGCCGGGCUGACAGCAACCCUCCGGCCAUCCUGAGCUGGGCUCAUGGGGGCCGAGCGGUGCUCUCCUCCUGGUCCUCAGAUGCCGGGACCCUGGUCCUGCAGCUGCCCCACCUUGGGGUAAAGGAUGGAGGGGAAUAUAGCUGCCGAGCUCAGCACCGGAUGGAGACCCAGCAUGCCUCCUUAAACCUCUCUGUGCUAUAUGCUCCGGAGAACCUGAAGGUCAAUGCCUUGGGGCCAAACAGAACAGUUGCUAUCCUGGGAAAUGCCUCAUCUCUGGUGGUCCUGGUGGGAGAGUCCUUGCAGCUGGAGUGUGUUGCAGAGAGCAGUCCCCCUGCCUACAUGAACUGGGCCAAGGGGAGCCAGCCCUUGAACUCUUCCCUUCCCUCCAGUCCUGGGAUCCUGUGUCUAGAACUGGCCCAUGUCCAGCCAGGAGAUGGAGGGGAGUACACCUGCCAAGCUCAGAACCCAUGGGGGACCCAGCACAUCUCCCUGAACCUUUCUGUGCAGUACCCUCCGAGGCUGUUCGACCCCUUUUGCUCAUGGGCUGAUGAGGGCUUACUCUGUACCUGCUGUAUUCAGGCAGAGCCCACCCCAUCUUUAAUCUGGUGGGUGGGGGAGAGAACAGUAGAAGACAAUGGCAACAAUGACCUCCUCCAGGUAAUGUCCACCACCUCUGGGGCCUGGACCAACAGCAGCUUGAUCCUGAGGGAGAAGUGGGACCUUGACCUCAGCCUCCGCUGUGAGGGGAGGAAUCAACAUGGAGCUCACAGUCUUCUUGUCCUGAUGGUGUCAGAUAGAACAAGUAUAGCUGCCCUCGAAUUCUCCAAAGGGGCACUUUUGGGAGCUGGGAUCAUGGCCCUUCUCAUUCUCUGCCUCGUGCUCGCCUAUAAGAAGUUUCUGAGGAUGAAGCAGCUAGAGACUGGGGAGGUAGGGAUCACAGACUCCCAGAGCAACAUGGAGGCGGACUAUGUUAAUCUGGAUAUGAAGCAGGGUAGAAUCCCCAGACCACCACCUUCUGACCCAGUCACCCAAGCCCCACCAGAGGAGCUGCAUUAUGCAUCGAUUAACUUCAGAAGACCCAACCUGAAGAACCCAGAGGAAUCCACUGAGUACUCGGAGGUCAAGUUCUGAUCUGGGGCGAAUAGGGUGGGAGAAGAAAUAAAGAGAAUGCAUUCUA